UCGUGUAUAAUAGACCAUGGCUUAAGAUAAUCUUAAGCCAUCGUGGUAUAGUUAGUUAGUAGACUAGUGGAAAAUGCCAAGUUGACGAAUAAUGAUAACAUGAUUUUUGUAACGUCCGAUUUUUGUUUACAUAAACCAUGGUCUUAGAAGCUGAUAUAUUAUCUACAAAACAAUAAAACCGAGCAUAAAAACAAUGAUCAGAUAAAUAUCUAUUCAUUUAUUCAGUAAUAAUUAUUAGAUAUUUUAAUCUCUGAACUUUCCGUCUUGUUUAUUACUUUAUUAUGCAUUGAGCAAAUGUUUUUAAAACUUCAUACUUCAUUGUUCAUAGUCAAUUAUCAUAUUUAAUUACCUAGUUGUGUCAUACAAUUGAUGGUUGUAUUGAUAUAUAGUUACAAAUAAAAUUUAUCAACUAAUCUUAUAAUAGUUUGUAGCUUAAAUAACUAAAUUAAAUGGAAGAAGCUAAUAUACCAUUCCAUAGUAGUACAACAUUGGUGUUACGCCCACAAACAAAUGAUGGUCAAGUAGUACAUUUAAAAUUGAAGAAACCAAAAAAAAGUCAUAAACAGGUUAGUUGGGAUGCACACACUGUUGACAAUGAACACUUGAACAAGAAAAAGAGCAAAUGCUGUUGUAUUUACAAAAAACCAAAAAAAUUUGGUGAGCCCGAUACAGAUGAAAGCAACGAAAGUGGUGAUGAUGAAUGUGCCAGUUGUAUUGGGAAUAAAAAAACACAUCAACUGUAUAAGCCUGAGAACAAAAAUGAUGAACCUAAAGAAGACGAAUGUUAAAAUACAUAUAAAUGUAUCUUUUCACUAAAUGUAAACUUGUAUGUAUAAAACUAUUUGACCUUAAAUUUUCCUUUUUUAUUUUUGUUUAGUUCAACUACAUCCACCUAUUUGUUUGAAUAUUAAYAGUUUUUUUAUUMAAUUUUUGUUGAUAUGCGAUUGCAUUUGAUUUAUUUAAAUUUCAUUCAUUCAUUUUAAUAUACAGACACACCAUUUGUAAGUCAGUAACUUGUAACAUGUGAAUUAAACAAAUAUAACCAGAAUCAUCUAAUGGA